AUGAUACUACUCGAAAAUCUAGCCGCUCUUUUCGCCGACUUUCCCGAAGUAGAGAAAAAAUCAGCCGUCAUGUUUUCUGCGAUCCACGAUAUUAUUCUUCUUAAAAUGUAUUUUCUACUGUUUUACAAAAGUUCCAUUAAAAUAUUAAACUGUGAAAUGGCUUCAGCGAUGGAAGAAAUAGAAAAAGAAAAUGUUAUGAAACAACAGGAGCUGAGAGUACAAUGGGGAAUAAUAUUUUAUGCUGUAACUGUCUACUUAUCACUAAUUGCUUAUGGUGUUGAGAGUUUAAGAAAAGUGCUCGUUGAAGGUACACCGUUUUAUACUGUAGUGACAUAUAUACCGGGCUAUUAUGACGAAUCCAUAAUAGCAAGUGCACUACGAAUAUUCUUCUAUAUGACAUGGUUAUAUAUGAUGUUACCGAUGAUGGCAACAGAUUGUAUGCCUAUAGUACACCUAAUUACAAUGGCGCAUAAAUUUAAAACACUUCGUCACUACUUUGAGAAUAUCCGUUUGGAAUUUGAUGAAAACCUGACUAUCAUGGGGACAGAGUCUGCAGCUAACUUACUGACAGUGAGAUUUCUGAAUGGAGUUAAAAUGCACCAUAAACUAAUGUUCUUGGCGGAAGAAAUAAAUCGCGUCUUUGGAAUCAUAAUGUCACUCCAAGUUUGUGAAAGUUCAGCAGUCGCAGUGUUGCUUCUACUUCGCUUAGCGCUUUCUUCACAUCUAAACCUGACAAAUGCUUUUAUGACAUAUACAUUUGUGGGAUCGCUCUUUUACCUGCUUGCUCUCAAUCUUUGGAAUGCGGGUGAAAUUACUUAUGAAGCUUCAUUGCUUUCGAACUCUAUGUUUUAUUCUGGUUGGCAUUUGUGUAAACUGAACAGACAUCCACAUAAAGACAUAAGACGUUUAGUUCUUGUUGGAUGUGCACAAGCACAGAGACCUUUGGUGCUGAAGGCUUUUGGUAUUCAAGAUUUAUCUUAUAGUACCUUCGUAUCGGUAAGUAAGCUCACGUAA